AAAUUUUUGGCAAAUCGACAUGGAAGUGGUGUUUUUCGUUAGUAACUAAAAACUUGUGUAGUGCGAACUACUUUUUAAUAUACACGAAAGGCAACUACUAUUACGAUAUGCUCAAAUAAUUAUCAAUAUUAGUGACUAAUUUUAAAAAUAUGGGUGCUAAUAACAAAUUGUUCAUUUUUAUUUAUUGCUCCGUCAUGCAUAUGUUUGUAAAAAUGUGAAAAAACCAGAAGUCCAACUUGGAAAAUAAGUCUCUUGUUGGCGAUUGGAGUUUUCGGUAGUGCCGGUGUGGGGAUAAUCGUGUCGCAUGAGUGAACGUUUCUUGGAUUGUACCACAUACGUUUUUAUGUUAACUAUACGCCGAAUGAGCGAUGAAACUGGAUAAUGGUUUAUGUUGGCUAGUGGCACUGAUUUUCGUAGCCUGCAACAUUUCCACAGGCGACACUCGUGAAUCACAAUUGCGUAUCGGUAAGGCCAUCAAUAUUUUCGUGCGCUAUGGCUAUCUGGGCAUAUCAAUGCGUGUCAUUCCUUACAAUGACAGUUACGAAGUGGACAAAUGGUUGUUCAAGGAGCCGACAAAGUCUAUUUAUAAGGAUCUAAGUUCUCUCAGCGAGAGUCGCGAAGAGAAUGCUCCAGGCAUUUUUCAUGGCGAUUUUCAUAUGGAAUUCUGCGAUAAUCGCCGCCAACUGUAUCAAGCUUACUUUCGGGAUUUUACCGUUGAACGGUUAGACAAGCCGUGGGAGGCCUUUACCGGCGGUUGGUUCGCCGACAAUGCAGCCAAAAAGCUGGGUAUCAACACAUCCUACAUACAGGGCGAAUAUUCCUACGUGUUGGUACGCGUUGUACGCUUCCGUGAGGUGGGCAAAUUCAAAGAAGAUAUACCACUGAAUCAGACGUUGGAGAAUGAUGUGCGUGAUCGCAUUAGUGGCAUAACAGCGGGUAAUGUCACAGGCGCCAUAAAAUUUAUGGAAUCGUGUGGCACACACUACGUCAACUCCUACACGACAGGAAAUUCGUUGUAUCAGGUGUUUGUCUACACACGCAAAAACUACCAAAUGAUUAGAGAUCGCAUCAAAUCGAAGGGAUUGAACAGCCUCUCGAAGAAGGAUCUUUACGAUUUCUUUGCGCCAUGGCAUGCCGUACAUUUGGGGCAAAUACGUUCGGCGAGCGCCAAUGCAACAGUGGAACGAUGGGCACGUCGAAAACUGCAAUAUGAGUACUAUGUUGUGAAGUAUGUCACGCUGCUGAAGCUACACGGGAAUGGCACGCUACUGAAAGCACUGGAUAACCUCUUAGGCAACGAUGCGAUUUUGCAAUUGGAUCUGAAGUCAUUGAAUGUCAUAUUUAGAGAUGAACCUGAAAAGCGGAGUUGGUUCAACGAAGUGCUCGACAAUCAAAUGAAGCUUUGGGAAGUCAACAUGCCCAUGAACUGACGGUCGGUCCAGACAGUGGCUAUGUACGGUACAGCUGGUUGCGAGGAUUCGUGAGCCACCGUAAAUGUUCCUAAGUCGUUAGCGACUACACUAUGCACUGUUGCCAUUCGUUUGCGUAGCCGUAAGUUAUGUACGAAUACUAUA